CCGCGCAUCGAGAAGACGGCCAACUACAAGGCCGCCGCGGAGGCCUCGGCGCGCCUCGCCGGCGAGCUCAAGGCGCCGCCGGCCUCGAGAAAGACCGUCGCCGUCGUCGGCGGCGGCCUGAGCGGCCUCGCCUGCGGCAAGUACCUGAGCGACGCGGGCCACGAGGCCACGGUCUACGAGGCGCGCGACGUCCUCGGCGGCAAGGUGAGCGCGUGGCAGGACGACGACGGCGACUGGAUCGAGACGGGGUUGCACGUCUUCUUCGGCGCGUACCCGAACGUGCUCAACCUCUUCAAGGAGUUGGACAUUCGGGACCGGCUCCAGUGGAAGGCCCACCGCAUGUCCUUCGCGAUGCGCGAGCGGCCCGGCGAGUUCACGAGCUUCGAGUUCCCCGAAGGCGUGCCCGCGCCGCUGAACAUGGCCGCGGCCAUCCUGACGAACACGGAGAUGCUGUCGCUCGUCGACAAGAUCCGCAUGGUCCCGGGCCUGCUGCCCAUGCUCCUCGAGGGCCAGAGCUUCAUCGACGAGCAGGACGAAUUGAGCGUGCUCCAGUUCAUGAAGAAGUACGGCAUGCCCGACACGAUCAACGAGGAGAUCUUCAUCGCCAUGGGGAAGGCGCUCGACUUCAUCGACCCGGACAAGCUGUCCAUGACCGUCGUGCUGACGGCGAUGAACCGCUUCAUCAACGAGGCCGACGGCUCGCAGACCGCGUUCCUCGACGGCAACCAGCCCGAGCGCGUGUGCGCGCCCAUGGCGGACCGCAUCCGGGACGCGGGGGGCGACGUGGAAACGGACGCGCCCCUCGCGGAGAUCCGCGUGAACGACGACGGCGGCGUCGCGGCCCUCGUGCUCAAGGACGGCCGCGAGGUCGUCGCCGACGAGUACGUGCUGGCCAUGCCCGUGGACGUGACGAAGCGCCUCAUCCCCGAGGCCUGGUCGACGAUGCCCUUCUUCCGCCAGCUCAACGAGCUCGAGGGCAUCCCCGUCAUCAACGUCCAGCUCUGGUUCGACGCGAAGUUCGACUCGCUCGACGGUUUGGCGUUCUCGCGGUCGCCGCUGCUCAGCGUCUACGCGGACAUGUCGCGGUCCUGCGCCGAGUACGCCGACGACGACCGGUCCAUGCUCGAGCUCGUCUUCGCGCCCUGCGCGCCCGAGGCCGGCUCGCCCGUGAACUGGCUCGCGAAGCCCGACGACGACGUCGUCGCGGCGACGCUCGACGAGCUGAAACAGCUCUUCCCGGCGGACAUGGCGGACGCGAAGCUUCUCAAGUCGGCCGUCGUCCGCACGCCGCGGUCCGUCUACGCGGCGAUCCCCGGCCGCAACAAGUACCGGCCGUCGCAGAGGACGCCGAUCCCGAACCUCACGCUCGCGGGCUGCUACACGUCCCAGAAGUUUUUGGGUUCCAUGGAGGGCGCGGUCCUCGCGGGCAAGCUCGCGGCGGAGGUCGUC